CUGAUGACGCAAGGUAUCCUGGCCCUGGUGACCUCCACUGGCUGCGCCUCGGCUAGUGCCCUGCAGUCUCUGACCGAUGCCAUGCACAUCCCACACCUGUAUGUGCAGCGCAAUGGUGACGGCUCACCGCGCACCGCCUGCCAGUUCAACCCCAGCCCGGAGGGGGAGCGCUACACACUGGCCGCACGCCCGCCUGUGCGCCUCAGUGAUGUCAUGCUCACGCUCGUCGCCGAGCUCCGCUGGCAGAAGUUCAUUGUUUUCUACGACAGUGAUUAUGAUAUCCGUGGACUGCAGGGCUUUUUGGACCAGACAUCCAGACAAGGUCUCGACGUGUCUCUACAGAGGGUAGAUAGAAACAUCAGCGGCGUUUUCUCCAGCCUGUUCACCAGCAUGCGCACAGAGGAGCUGAACCGCUACAGGGAUACACUGAGACGAGCCAUUUUGCUGCUGAGUCCUCGUGGAGCCCAGGUCUUCAUCCACCAGGCUGUGGAGACAAACCUGGCCUCUAAAGACAGCCACUGGGUGUUUGUGAAUGAGGAGAUCAGUGACACCGAAAUCAUGGAGCUGGCCCACAGUGCCUUGGGAAGGAUGACAGUCAUCCGGCAGAUUUUUCCGUUGUGGAGAGACAGCAGUGUGAGCUGUAUGAGGAACAGCCAUCGCAUCUCCUCCCUGCUCUGCGACCCCCAGGAGGGCUACUUGCAGUCACUAGAGGUGUCCAAUUUGUACCUCUACGACAGUGUGCUGAUGCUUGCCAACGCCUUCUACAGGAAGCUGGAGGACAGAAAGUGGCACAGCAUGGCAAGUCUGAACUGUAUACGGAAGUCAACCAAGCCCUGGAAUGGAGGCUGGUCCAUGCUAGAGACCAUCCAGAAGGGUCGUAUUACCGGGCUCACUGGAGUUAUGGAUUUUAUGGACAAUGGAUCCAACUCGCAUGUUCAGUUCGAGAUUUUGGGCACCAGCUUCAGCGAGACCUUCGGAAAAGACAUAAAGCGGUUAGCCACAUGGGACUCAGUGCAUGGCCUCAACGGGAGCUUGAAGGAGAGUCGGAUUGAGAAUGGCAUGCAAGGGGUGACGGUAAAAGUGGUGACCCUGCUGGAGGAUCCAUUUGUCAUGGUAGCAGAGAACAUUCUUGGGCAGCCCAAAAAGUACAAAGGCUUCUCCAUCGAUGUCCUGGAUGCCUUGGCCAAGAUCCUGGGAUUCAAAUAUGACAUCUACCAGGUGGCAGACAGCAAGUAUGGCUCACAGCUUCCCAAUGGCUCGUGGAACGGCAUGAUUGGGGAACUGAUCAACAAGAGGGCCGAUCUGGCCGUGUCAGCCAUCACCAUAACGCCCGAGCGGGAGAACGUGGUGGACUUCAGCAAACGCUACAUGGAUUACUCGGUGGGGAUCCUAAUGCGCAAACCUGAGGAAAAGAUCAACAUCUUCUCGCUGUUUGCGCCAUUUGACCUCGCCGUGUGGGCCUGCAUUGCAGCGGCCAUUCCUGUGGUUGGGGUCCUGAUCUUCCUGCUGACCCGGAUGCAGUCUCUGCGCUCCCAGAACCCUCCAGGACCUCAUCAGCCCCCCUCCAUGUCCAGCUCCUUGCACAGUGCUAUAUGGAUUGUGUACGGCGCCUUCAUGCAGCAAGGUGGAGACUCUGCGGUGGGCUCGGUGGCCUUGCGGAUUGUGAUGGGCAGCUGGUGGCUCUUUACCCUGAUCGUGUGCUCAUCCUACACAGCCAACUUGGCGGCCUACCUCACUGUAUCCCGCAUGGACAACACUAUACGGACUUUUCAGGACUUGGCGAGACAAAUGGACUUGGAUUAUGGCACAGUGCGGGACUCAGCAGUGUACGACUACUUCCGAGCCAAAGGUACCAACCCCCUGGAGCAGGACAGCACUUAUGCAGAGCUGUGGAGGACUAUCAGCAAGAAUAAUGGCCAGGACUAUUCUGUUUCCAGCCCAUCAGAGGGCAUCCGCAAGGCAAAGAAAGGCCCAUAUGCCUUCCUGUGGGACAUGGCGGUGGUGGAGUAUGCGGCACUGACGGACGAUGACUGCACCGUCACCGUAUCGGGCAACAGCAUGAGCAGUAAGGGCUACGGAAUUGCCUUGCAGCACGGCAGCCCUUACAGAGACCUCUUCUCUCAGAAGAUCCUGGAGCUGCAAGAGAAAGGCGACCUUGAUGUGCUGAAGCAGAAAUGGUGGCCUCGCUCGGGCCGCUGCGACCUGAGCGGCCACUGGGGGUCGCAGCCCGACGGCCGCUCGCUUAAGCUGCACAGCUUUGCUGGAGUUUUCUGCAUCUUGGCCGCCGGGCUGGUGCUGGCCUGCCUGGUGGCCGCCUUGGAGAUGUGGUGGAGCAGCAACCGCUGCCGGCAAGAGCAGCCCAAAGAGGACAAGGAGGUGAACCUGGAGCAGGUGCAUCGGCGUAUGAACAGUCUUAUGGACGAGGACAUGGCGCACAAGCAGAUCCCCGGCCCAUCUAUCGAGAUCUCUGCCCUGGACAUCGGCAGCAUGCAGCCCAGCCAGGCACGGGAGGCUGGCCGGGACUUCCCGGGCACAGCUCUGUCUGUGAGCACCUUCCUCCCGGAGCAGGCCCAUGGGGUGGGCCGGACUCUGGCGCCGGGGCCUGGCAGCACACUGCCCCUGCCGCUCAGCAGCUCCACCAUGCCCUCCAUCCAAUGCAAACACAGGGCCCCCAACGGGGGGCUCUUCCGGCAGAGCCCCGCCAAGACACCCAUGCCAAUGUCCUACCCGCCGGUACCAGGAGGACCCAUCCCAGAAGCCAUUGAGCCCACCCACAGCACGUCCAUCUGAGGCUUUUUUGGUU